GCGAACACGGUAAAAAUAAGACCAAUGAAAUAACGCCUCUAAAUUUUGUUGAAUUCUUCCUGCUUUAAAUACACGAUCAACACACCAAGAUCAGGGAUAAGAAGAGGAUAGUAUAUCGAUCAGGAAUACAAAGAGGAUAGCAUAUAGAUCAGGGAUAAGAAAAGGAUAGCAUAUAGAUUAGGAAUAAGAAGCAGAUAGGAUAUAGAUCAGGAAUAAGAAGAGGAUAGCAUAUGAAUCAGGAAUAAGAAGAGGAUAGCAUAUAACCAGGAAUAAGAAGCGGAUAGGAUAUAUAGAUCAGGAAUAACCAGGAAUAAGAAGCUGAUACCAUAUAGAUCAGGAAUAAGAAGAGGAUAGCAUAUAAUCAGCAAUAAGAAGAGGAUAGCAUAUAACCAGGAAUUGGAAGAGAAUAGCAUAUGAAUCAGGAUUAAGAAGUGGAUAGCAUAUUGAUUAGAAAUAAGAAGAAGAUAGCAUAUGAAUCAGGAAUAAGAAGAGGAUAGGAUAUAGAUCAGGAGUAAGAAGCAGAUAGGAUAUAGAUCAGGAAUAAAUAGAGGAUGACAUAUAGAUCAGGAAUAAGAAAAGGAUAGCAUAUAGGUCAGAAAUAAGAAGAGAAUAGCAUAUAACCAGAAAUAAGAAUAGGAUAGCAUAUAACCAGGAAUAAGAAGAGGAUAGCAUAUAACCAGGAAUAAGAAUAGGAUAGCAUAUAACCAGGAAUAAGAAGAGGAUAGCAUUAACAAAUAAUUACAAGAAGGGAAUCACAUUUGUAGGUUAUGAUUAACAAGGGGAUAUUACAUAAAUAGAUCAGAAAAAGGAAAGGAUAUAAUAGGAAAAGGAUAACUUAGAUAUAACUUAAAUAAGAAAAGAAUGACAAGAAGAAAUUGAAAAAGAAAAGAACAGCCAUAGAAGUAGGACUAUAUUAACAGAAGGGAAGGAUCAGAGGAGAGUGUGCAACAUAAGAUAUUUAAAAAACAUAUUUAAACUAAUAGGUAAUAGAAGACUGCACCAGUUCAUAAUUUAACGAAAGACAAUAGAUUUUAGACAGUAUACAUGGUAUAUACCUUUUAAGAGGCCAAAGAAGCAGCACACAUUUGUUAUUGAGAAGAAAAAUUAGCUCAAAAUCUUAAAAUUUGUAGUCUUCUCAUUUUGAGAUAAUGUGACACACUUAUUUAUUUGCAUAAAAACAAAUUAUGACCAAGGAUAAAGGUUUAGGAAUUUUGUUGUUAUAUGAUUUAAAAAGCAGUUCAGUAGUUCAAUUGAACUCAAAGGAUGAAAGCCUUAAGUCUAUCCCUGUAAGAGAAAUGGAAAUAAAGUUGAAAGAAUUAAUACAUGAAAUAUGCGAAGAUAGGUUUGCAGAAUUAGGAGCCAAUACUUUUGUACUGAUAGUUGGUAUUGACUUGGAAAAGACAGAUCCACUAGAAGCAUUACAUUUCAGUUCACAAAAUUACAUAUUUAUUGGAUAUAUGCAAAAAGGAAUGGAUAAGUCAGAUAUUAUAUUAAAGUACUUUGGUGCUGUACCAUCUGAUUGUUCCAAAAAGGUGGCAGCAUUUAAACAAUUUAUACAAAAAUCUACUGCUGAAAGUUCCAUAGCAAGCGAUGUAGGUAUAAACAAGGAAUGUUUAGCUUUUCUAGAAAACACUGCAUGUACAGUUGCUGAAUGGAUAAACUCACUAAGAAAUCAACAUCUACCUUCAGUCGAAGUUAUUUGCAGUAUAUUGCUAAAGCUACUCCAGAGGGAAAAUAUUUUAAGCAUUCAAUUUUUUAAAGUAAUUGAAUUUAUAAAAGAUUUAUCUUCUUGCUCUUGUUAUAUCAGUACAAUAUGUAAAGCUGCCAUUUUGAAACUUUUACAAGUAUAUGAAUUUCCUAUAAAAGAAAAUGAAAAACAUUGUGCAACCUUUUUGCAUGUUUUGUCAGCUAACAGACUAGAAGAAUUGGUAAAUAUCUAUUUUUAUAGAUAUAAAUUAUUAAGACCCUUGAUUGCUAAUCCUACUAUUUUAUUGGAGAAAUCAAAAGUAACAUUAGAUGCAGUUGAAUAUUGGAAAAACCAUACAAUCAGAUCAAUUGUCAGGAAUGGAGAUCUUAGGACUUGUGAAGUUGCAGAAUGUUGCAAAUUUUUUGAUAUAAUUUGUCUGAUAUUGGAUUGUGACAACUUCAGUACAAAUAUGCGUACCUUAAAGCAACACUGUAAAAUAUUACAUAGAUCAAAUAUAGAAUGUGUUUUCUGUGAUAUAUAUGGAUUAAAAGAAUUACUGAGCAACUUUAACAUUGGAGAUAAUUUCUUAUCAAACAGCAUUGCUGCCUUAAAUGGUAUUCACCAUAACCAGAAGAUAAACUUGUCAGAAUUGAGACGAAAUAGUAACGUUCUUUUAGUUAAAUAUUUAAGAACAAUGAAACAUUCUGAGUAUAAGGCUGUUGCUUUAAAAGUUUUAGAUACAUAUACGUUAUACAGAAACUCUUUCCCUAUAGAAUCUGAGACGAAAAUACCUUUAGAUGCAGGAAUAAAGAAUGUUUGUCCAAGUGAAAUGCGUAGGAGUAUUCUUGAAAUUGAAAGUGUAGAUUUACUGCUUUUAACCUAUCUUGACAAACAUAUUCAACUACAACAACAUGACCAAUGGAAUAUUUUGGAAUCUGUUGUACUACAGUUAUUUUUAUACAACAAUAAUCUGUGUACCAGUGCCAUUACAAAAUAUAUCAAAUCAAGAGACAUUAUUAAGAUUAUGAUGGAUACAGAAAUAAAUGAGUUACCCUAUGACAUAUUGACAAAGCACACAUUUUUACCAAUAUUACUUAUAUUGCUUGAAAUCCAGGAUAAAAAAGAAGAAAAACAGAGAUUAUUACAAUGGAUCAAUAGUUGUGAUGCUAAAUAUCAAUUGAUUAUAAAUCUUCUUGUACAUGAACAAACUAUAGAAAUGACCAAUUGGAGCACAUUUCCCCAAAAUUUAUCUCUUGAAGAAGUCUUGACAACAAACAGUAAUUUAAAGGAACAGAAUUUUUUAAGAUUUGUUGAACCUGUUGAAAGAAAGUGUCAUGAACUUGUUAUAAAAAGUUGUCAUGAACAUGAUGAAAGAAUUUGUCAGGACAUUGUUGAAAGAAGUUGUCAUAAAGUUGUUGAAAGAAAUAAUAUAUUAAAAAAGACGAAAGAUAUCAUAAGAAAAGGACACCAGAGUUGUCUUGAAUUUUUAGAAAUUAAUACUAGGGAGAACCUAUACAAAAGCUUUGCUAAAGCUAUUCAUGAACACAUUUGUAAAGACAAAGAAUUACAGUAUUCUAGUGAGUGUUGUUCUAACCAUCAGCACAAUUCAACACAUAAACUCUUAUGUCCUAGUAAAAAGUUUUGUGUUCAAAUUGAUGAUGUUUUAUUUGGUUUUGUAAAUAAGAACUUAUUUACAAGGCAUAACAACUGUAGAUGCCAUGGGAACUUGUGUUAUGAUGAGACAUGCAAUAUACAUUUACAACAUAGAAAUAAACCAAAAUUAUUUUUAUUUGAAGAGGAUGCUGUUUCAAAUAUCACGAAGCAUAUUUUGCUUAAAGACAUUCAAAGUGGAAAUAUAAAUAAACAUAUAUCUCUUGUCAAAGAUGGUAGGGUGACUGAGUGUCAGUUAACUUUUACAGAAAGGUGCUAUAUAGUGUUAGGAAUUAGUCAUAUCUUAAAUCAAACCAUGCUAGUGGUGCUGAAAACUAUAAUGACAAAGAACAAUUGUAAGCAAGAAACUGGAACAAGGAAACAAACUGUAGCAAACCUAUGCUUAUUGUUUGGUUUAGUUACAUGUAAGCAAAUAUUUAAAAUAAGUGGGAAGGGGGAAGAUAAUGUCUGUAUACAAUUUUCUGAGAAGUUUCAGAAAUCAUUAUCUAUUCAUGGAAAUGGGAAACUAGAGAAUAUUAUGCAAAAGGACAAAUUAAUGGAUUUAUUUGAUAUAUUGCAAACAGACAAGUCUAAAUGUAUUAAGAGUGAACUAUAUAAUAUUAUUAACCAUAACAGCAUAUUUAGAAAUGAUGAAAUAACAGUAUUCCCAGUUAGUAAAAAUGUAAUGUCUAAUGAGAUAUUGAGAGUUGGAUCAUUGAACAAUUUUCCCUCUGAAAACAGCCCAAGUCUGAUCAAGCUUGCUAAAUAUGGAUUUUAUUAUGAAGGAAAAGGACGAGAAGUUACCUGUUUUUCAUGUGGAGUUAAACACGAAGAUUGGUCUUAUCGAUCUAAUCCUUUGGAAGUACAUAGACAAAUAUCUCCAUAUUGUGAAUAUUUGAAGACAUUUAGACCCUCUAUAGACAUUAUAGAGGGUGACUGCCGUCAAAAUGCUACCCCAAGAAUGCAAACUACUGAGAUUUCACAUGUGAAUGGUAUAGGUGCAGACUCAGUCCGUACUUGUACAGAUGCUCAUGGAAUGACACCUACACUUCUUAUUUCUUCAUCUCCGAUGACAGUUGCGGUCCAAUCUGUUGAUAGUGGACUUUUUGGGUCAUCACUUUCGCAUAGUAGUAAUAACCUUGUAACUAGUAAUUCAACUUCUUCAUCUAGUAUAAGUCAACGAAGUAGUCAUGCUAGCACAGGUAGUGGAUUUGGUAGUAGUGGUAGUCGACAAAGUAGUCAUGCUAGCACAGAUAGUGGAUUUGGUAGUAGUGGUAGUCUUUCAUCAAACCAAUCAUCAUCUUCAAGUAAUACUUCAAAUCUGACAGUACCACAGCUUCCACCAUUAAUAGAAGGACCUGAACACAGCAUACAGAGAGUUUCAGGACCUGCAUCCAGAGACAGCCCAGUUCCACAAAACAACAGGAAGAACACACCAAAGGAAAAAUACCCAGAAUAUAUUCCUAUAGAGAGGAGAAGAGCCACAUACAAGAACUGGCCACCAAACUUGGACUUUCUUCACCCACUUGAUCUGUCAGAAUGUGGAUUUUUUUAUUCAAAUUUCGGUGACUGUGUCCGAUGUUUUCACUGUGGUAUUGGUCUUCGUAAUUGGGAAUCUGAUGACAAUCCAUGGGUAGAGCAUGCUCGUUGGUCAAGUAAAUGUCCAUACUUACUACAGAAGAAAGGACAAGAAUUUAUUGAUAGUGUCCUUACUGUACUUGGAAUUCAGACGGAUUCAGAAAUUGAAAUGCAAACAGCUAAUGCAGGAACAGAACAGACAUCACAAGUAUCUUCUGGAUAUGGGACAGCAUCUUCAAAUGAUGUGAGAGACCCUAUUUGUCACCCAGCAGCACAGUAUAUCAUUAGAGAGAAUAUAUUUGGUGACAACAAAGAAAAACAAGUGAAAAAGACUAUGAAUCAAUUGUUGCAGCUUCAUGAAUGGGAUGAUGUAACAAAUGACAUGUUGGUCAAUGCACUGUUCGAGAGUAAAGAUGUUAUGGAAAACUUAGACACAAACACAAAUUCAGUAAAUUUAUCCGAAUCUGCAGUAUCAAAUUCAUCAGGGUCUAAAACUUCAAAUACUCAAAGUACAGGAACAGAAGAUAAAAACAAAGAGGAAGAUAGCAAGAAGUCAACAGAAGAGAACCCUGAAAAAAUUCAAAAGGAAAAUGAGGAAUUGAAGGAAUUGUAUACAUGUAAAAUAUGUUUAGAUGAGAGAGUAGGCAUAACAUUUGUACCGUGUGGGCACCUUGUUACGUGCAAAACUUGUUCUCCAAAAAUUCGUAGGUGUCCAUUAUGUCGUACUUUUAUUCGUGGAACUAUUAAAACGACUAUUUAGUUUUAAAAAAUCAUAUUUUUGUGCUAAAAUGACAGCAAAGACAAAAAAUUAAAUCUGUAGUUUGAUGAAAAUUCAAGCAAUAUUCAAAGUUUUAUUUUAUGUAAGUAUAAUUGAUUAUAUGCUAAUUAUUUAUAAAUUUGUUUGUAUAGUCACCUUUUACAAUAAAAUCCCUUUUUCUUGAGCUUGUGUAGUGAAAGGAGGUAUGAGUCGUUUUUUUUGCCAAUGGAUAAAAAUGCACUUGUUCUGCCCAAAUUUGCAUCUAGCUUUUAUUUCUUGUUGUUCUGUGCACUUACCCUCGUUAAGUGUUUAUUUUUGAACUAUGCAGUUGUUUGGUGACUUAGUCACUUAAAUUUGAGAGUUGUAAUUACUUGUCUGAUAUUUCAGUUUGUCCCUGGAAUGUGUAGCCUGAUCAUCAUGUGAUUACAUUUAAUUGUGUUUGUAACAUGAUAUUUAGACAUUCUAUCUUUUGCGUUUAUUUGUGAUAUAUUGUCUAGAACAGCAUCAUACUAAUGAUACUACAUAUGUUCAUGUUAAAUCCUCUAUAAUUUACAAAUGACAUGUAAAUUUUUUCUUUGUAUCAUUUGUGUUGUUUUAUUAUUAUGACAGAAAGAAUUUUGUUGUUCAUUCAAACUGUUUUUCAUGUGUUUUGUAUCUCAUCAUGUUUAAAUUAAUGACAUUGUAUAUUUCUUAAUUUACAAACAAAGAAAAUAAUCUUUUGUUAAUAUUAAAAUAAGUUUAAUCAAA